ACACACACACUCCAACCUACCUGUAUUUACGCUCGCCCAAGGUCGAGUUUGUAGAAGGGCCAAACGGUCAUUAUACUCGUACUUCAACGUGUUCCUUGUUUUGCAGCAGACCAACUUCCCAUCGUGCCGCUGUCAAGAGGAUUGACUGGCGGCAGGGUUGUAGAGUCGCUGGAGCGGUGAACACCACAUAGUCCCGCCAGAACUGAUUACCGACAGUGUUGCUUUCGGCUAUCGCCACUUCAACUCUUCUCGUUCCACUUGCUACUAACAAAUCAUACGUUACAGGACUUAGGCUUUUGCCUCUAUUGCCCAAAGAUCUGACGGAGUUCUCUCGAUUCCGGGCAGCAUGGCUCGUGUUCCUGUGAACCAUCAUGGAUCACGGCAUGGAUCGCGGCAUGCCGUAGGUUCUAGUCUAUCUACAGUUGAUCGCGCCAAAGCCGCACGGAAAAAGAAACCAUACAAAGUCGUGAUGGAGGUCGUCACGCAAGAAAAGAAGAAACUUCGCUCUGUUAUGGCAUACUCCGCAGAAUCACCACCAGGAUACACCUUUGUGCCCUUGGGUCACCCAGAACUCACAGAAUAUUGCAAAGAACGAUGUAGACAGCGUAAUCUGGAAGCCCAUAUUGUAACUGCACAACCAAAGGCAAGGAAGAAUUCCGAUCCUGAAAAGGAUAACGACCACGCGCCUCGUAUCGACACCCAAAGGAUAGGGCACCAUUUCCCCAAUCAAAUCAUAGACGAAGCUUGCGAUGUACUGGGAUACAUAUGGCGAAACGGAACGUUUCAUAAAAGCUCAAGAAAUUAUGAAGAGACAAGGUUAGCCAGGACGCUGCGGGAUUAUGGACACCGUAUGCGUCUCCAUGGUCGACCCAUGACUGAAAAAGAAACGAAAGAUCAGAUCCGCGGCGCAAUCUUGGAAGUAUUUCCAAAGAUUCCUUCAUCAGACCUUGACGGAGUCGUAAGCCAUGCUUUCGAAGAGGGAACGAACAGAGUAGGUAAUGCUAAAGAUCUAACCCUUGCGCGCCGUGUGCAACUUGCCGUUGGAGCGUAUAUUCGUCACCAGUACACAAAUUAUGACACCAUCCUAAAGACUGGAGGAACUUGGCCCGAAGCACGAUCCCAAGUACAGUCGAUCACUUAUGGCAAGUUGAAAGAAUGGCGCGACGAGGGUGACGCUGGCAAUGAGCUAGAAGAAACAUUUCGUGAGAUCAUCGUUCUCGACGAUGAUGAAAGCGAUGAUGAGAGUGAGACUGAUGAUACCUCGUUCGAUGGAAGUGAAGCUAGCAUGGAAAUCAUAUCUAGCCAGGCGACUGCGGGCGAACUGCGCCCUAAUAAUCCAGCAGAUAUGUUUUCUCUAGACGUGCGCCCCGUUGGUCACAGAAGGCGGAUGAUAUAUCUAGAGCCUGCGCACAGGGGUGUCAUCUCUGUUCCUGGAUCACCCAGACCGCUCGUCAGAGUCCCUGCGCAACCAUCUUAUAUGCAGCAAGUGCCUUUGAGCCAUAAUUACCCUUCCAUCCCACACAUCAAACGACAGACAGAAGUACGAGGAGUUCGACCUGCUCCACGUGCGGGCCUGGUACAGGCCUCGGAUGGGAAAUGGUAUAACCUUGAACCAAUUGAUGAACCCGGCCUGGUACCAACAAGGGCAGCAGAGUAUGCUUCUCAUACGGUAGAGUACCCCCCUCCGCCGUCUUCUGUCUUUCAUCAUAGCAAUGGGCGCGUGCAAAGCCCAAGACAAGUCGACUCACAAGACACCCAUGGAAUGAGAUCAGCGCACCUGGGCAACUCGGGGCGUUCAUCAAGAGAAGAAAUUGUGCUCCCAUCUAUUGAGCAAGAGACCGGGAUUGUAGUAUCUCCAAGGCGCUACCCUGAAGGUUUGAUCCCUAUCGAUGACCACGGCUCUGCUCCCAUGGGAAGUCAUCAUCCCAUUGUGCAUACACCCAAAAGGAAAGCUUUCGCACCCAUCAUUCGCGAAGACCCUCGUCCGUAUGAACCUCAGCACAAACGCCUCAGGCCCCUAGACCAUAGUGCUCCAUUGCCACCGCCACCUCCCCAAUCUAUUCUGAAUCGCUCACAUACCCGACUACCUCUGGAUGACACAUAUAAUCGGUCCGGGAGGCAGCUGUCUCACGGACCAGCCCCUCCACGUAUCGACGUUGACCUGAACUCCAGCCCAUAUAGGCGUUCAGACAGAGAUCGACUCUUUGAUACUGACCCUUCACAUACGUAUGCACUUCGUGGUCGGCCAUACGUUUCUAAUUCCUACGGCGCCCAAGCCAAUCGCGUACUUGCAUAUGCUGAGAGAUCAGCCCCCCAAUACGACCAUUUUGAGCCAGUCAACCGCCAAAUUCGCUACUCUGCGGCACCUAGCGAGUAUCGUAACAGAUCUGGUUUUUAUUGAUUGCUCCCCUCUCGGAAUCACGUCAGCGUUUGCAUUUUACGAUACCCCAUUUUCUAAAGCCUUCUGGCUAUGUAUUCUCAUGAUCGUCAUUACGUUUUCUACAUUAGCGGGCGGCUAUAUACAACUUCGAUCAAUUAUGGAGCUAGCCCAAGGUAUUAAAGUACUGUUUUAUACGGGCUCUACUUGCGGAAUUGAAGUUUUGGUAUUGCAGGGAUUCAGAUCAUGUCGCACAGUGCAGUCAGCCUGUCUACACUUGCAUGAUCAGUAGGCAAAAACUACAACACCAAAGAGAUGUACAUAAUACCCACGAUGUAUAAAUCAUACCAACAAAG